UGCUCAAUAUACCCAGAAAAAAUAAUUGUUGAAUAUGGGUUCUAUAAUAAUUGAUUGUCACAGAUGACUAUGAAUGAAGGAAAUUAGCUUCUCUAAUAUCUGUUAUUAAGAAACUCAAAAAAAAUUCAAGAAGGGGGAAGGGUUGUGCUUGAGAGGUGAAUCUUUUCAGUAGCUUCUGUUGUUCUGUCCUAUUUUUUAGUUUGGCUUAUGUGAGAAGUGUGCUGUAUGCAGAAAAUGGAUGUGGUUCCAAAACCGGAAGCGAGGCUCCUUGUACAUCAAGAUGAAAGAAAGGUUGAGGAAUUUAAGGAAAGAGUUUGGGAAGAAUCAAAAAGGGUAUGGGCAAUUGCAUUUCCUGCAAUGGUCUGUCGUGUGACGACUUAUGGAGCUUAUGUGGUUUCACAAGCUUCAUUUGGGCAUAUUAGGGAAGUGGAUCUUGCUGCCUAUGCUCUUGUGCAAACUAUACUUGUACGGUUCGCCAAUGGUAUCUUGCUAGGCAUGGCAAGUGUAACGGAGACUCUCUGUGGGGAAGCUUAUGGGGCUAAACAAUAUGAGAUGAUGGGAGUGCACUUACAAAAAUCAUGGAUUGUAAAUACUGGUGUAGCAACUGCCAUGGUGCCGUUUUACGUUUUCGCUACACCUUUCCUCCGACUUCUUGGACAAGAAGAGGAAAUUGCUGUAGCUGCUGGAAAAAUCUCUCUGUGGUUCAUUCCCAUAAUGUAUCUCAAUGUUUAUGGCAUGACAAUGCAGAUGUAUUUGCAAGCACAACAUAAGAAUAUGGUGGUUACAUGGCUGUUUGCCAUACUGUUUUUUGUCCAUGCCUUGCUGUCAUGGAUUUUUGUGUACAUAAUGGAUUGGGGGCUUCCAGGGGUAAUGACUGCACUCAUCAUUGCAUUUGGGGUGAAGGUGCUUGGUGAGGCUGUUUACAUAUUUGGAGGUUGGUGCCCACUUACAUGGAAUGGUUUUCAUAGAGAUGCAUUGACUGAUCUAAUUCCAGUCCUGAAGUCAUCAAUAUCUUCAGGCGUAAUGCUCUGCAUCCAGGUGUGGUACAAUGCUAUUCUAGUUCUAUUAGCAGGAUACAUGAAGUAUGCAACCGUUGCCAUCUCUGCCUUUUCCAUUUGCCUCAACGUGAGUACAUGGGAACUCAUGAUAAGCCUUGGCUUCCUAGGUGCAGUUUGUGUACGGGUUUCAAAUGAACUUGGAAGAGGAAAUGGCAAAGCGGCAAAAUUUUCAGUUGACGUGAUUUUAUACACGUCACUUAUAAUUGGCAUAUUCUUUUGGAUUUUGUGUUUGGCAUUUGGCCAUCAAAUUUCCUAUUUGUUUACGAGUAGUGAGGAAGUAGCAAAAGCUGUGUCUGAACUUUCUAUCCCUGCCUUUUCGAUCCUUCUUAAUAAUGUUGGACCGUACUAUUCUUUAGGGGUGGCAAUUGGGUGUGGAUCACAAGGACUGGUUGCAAUUGUGAAUGUGUGUUCAUAUUACGUUAUCGGGAUCCCGAUUGGAGUUCUACUGGCAUAUGCUGGAAACAUGGAGGUUAAAGGGAUAUGGAUCGGAAUGAUGUGUGGAAUGGUCACACAGACAAUAGCUCUUCUCUACCUUACAUGGAAAAUUGAUUGGAUAGAGGAGGUUAAAAAGGCAUCAAAGCGUCUCUAUCAUUUUUCCUGAAAUCAGAACAGUUUAACCCAGAACUCUAUACCAAUUCUUGAGAACAAGGACCAUCAUAUUGGUAGCAGUUCACACUGACUUCGUCGAAACUCGAAGGGCUGCAUUGCUGAACCUGUUUGGCUGUUUCUCGUAGGUCCACAAUUCGCCCUCUUUGGGGUUCUCUUGGCUCCUUUUUUCUUGGUGUCUUCUUUGCAUGGUUGCUCACAACCAAGUGCAGCAAGCUUAGUAUAGCAGUAUAGCAGUAUAGCAGUAUAGCAGUAGCUUGCACGAAAAAAAAGUUUUUGUAUCCUCGAUAUGUUUUUUUUUGGAUUGUAUUCCUCGUAACAUGCUGCGUUAGCAAUCUGGUUGUAACAUAAAAAAGCAGGGGUACAGCCUGCUCUGCAAAUUUUUUACUGCAAAUGUACCUGCCGCUGAAUAUUUGAUGUUAAACUCUCUGUGCAGAGAAAUGCACUAAGGUAGACGUGAUCUUUCGUGUGUAGCUGCUGCUGAAUAUUUGAUGCAUGAGUUGAUUCAUUAUUCUUAUCAUUAUGGUCAUAAGUCAUAACUCACAAGUGGUCGUUUGCAUUAAGAAAGGCUAAAAUCUGAUAUAGAGAAAAUGAUGUAUUUCACGCAAUAUAUUUCUGAAAUUAUAGAAUAUGUUUAUUCCGAAAAAUGACAGUUGGCAAACUUUGGAUUUCGCUCUCCCAUCUUCAUGUCUCUUCCAGACGUACUGGUCUCAGAAGCUAGGAACGAUAACUCUUGCAAAUGUUUUGUGCACUUGUGCUAAAGAGCAAAGGGAGGAAAUGAGUUUGAGUAGUUCAAUAGGAAUAUAAAGGUAGGAGGAAUUAUUCUCAUUAGAGUUUUUAGGGAUAUUAAACAAAUUUUUACAGAUUAGUUAUAGGUUGUUUUUCAUAAUAUUUAGAAGGUUUUUUUUUUUUACUUAACCACCUAUGAAAUCAUGUUCUUCAAAAUAACCACCUUAUAUGUUCAUUUUUUCAAAUAGCCACCUUAUAUGACCUAAAUCUUUUUAAUACUUACCAAUUGAUAGAUUCGUCAAGGAAAUCGUCCUAAAAAAGAAUUUAAGAACGAUUUCAUCACCUCCACCUUUAUUCACUAGAAAGUAUAUAAGGUUUAAACCCUUCUUUAAGAAAAAAUCUUUUAUGAAAUCUGUCAGUUGAUAUGUAUUUAAGGAGAUUUAGGUCAUAUAAGAUGGUUAUUAUAAAAAAUAAACUUAUAAGGUGGUUAUUUUAAAAAUUGUGAUCUUAAAAGGUGUUAAAAAGCAAAAAAAUCAUAUCUAGAAUUUGAAUUGUUCUCUUGAAGUCUUUUUAAGGUUUUGUUGUCUAUGUUGUAGCAUGUUGAGGUUGUUGUUCCUGGUCCAAAGGCUGAUGAGGUUCUCCUCAAACCUCUGCCUCAGUCGCGCGUCCUCGGUCCCCUCCUUCACCGGUAGUUCACAUCGUUUCCCAACGUCUUGGUUGCGUUGUUCGAGUGUCGUGGCUGGUUUGUUUGUGGCUCGUGGUCGUUGUGCUACAGUUUCGGUGCCAGAGGGCUCCGGUAUUUAAAAAAAAAAUCCUUUGUGCCAAUCUUUACAAUAUUUUUAUAUCUAACCGAAAGUCGAAACCCUAAGGAAAAAUGGCAUGAGUUUACGUUGGUAAUUUGGAUCCUCAAGUCACGGAAUGCGAGCUCGAGGAUGAAUUUCGAGUUUAUAGUGUUCUUUGGAAGUUUAAUUUACUCUUCCUUUGUUUUUUCGAUGAUUUUUGAAUUUUUUUUCCAGUUGCUCUUAUAUUCUCAUUUGAAUAGCUUUUAGAAAUGGUAUAGUUCAUAAUUCACCCAUUUUUGAAUAAUAUUCAGAUUUAUUAAAAUAUUAAUAUCUAAGUUUCAGCUUA